AUGGAUGGAUGUAACAACCAUCGACAUAUAUCGUCACUGCUGCAGGAACAUGAUCCGUCAAAACAACAUGACGACACCAUCAGCAGCAGCAGCGUGAGAAUAACCGGCCAACCCAACCCAACUCCACAUAUUGAUUCCAGACAAUCGUCCUGGUUCGCGCGCAUCCAGCAACAGCUGCCCCGCAUCCAUUCUCCAACCCCCCACGUUUCUCACCCUCCUCCUCCUCACCCUCCUCCUCCUCACCUGCUUGCUCCCCCUCACCGCACUGCUGCUCCUGCUCCGGCGUCGCACCGGACCAUCGGGCCCAAGGUGGUGGUGGCUUUUGCGGCGUCCGGGACCCUGAACCGCAUUUUGACUUUGACCUACAACCACCGGACCGCUCAGCCACGCCGCCAUAAACGCACGUCGUCGAUGAACCUCAUUCGCAUGGUUCACCUAUAUAUUUUUUCGAGCGGCCAGCUGUGA